GGUAUCGUGAUGCAUCGCGUCGCGUUGUCUGCGCGCUUCCUGAUGCGAUGAGACGGCGGAUACUUGUACAUCAUGCCAACGCCACUGUCUCCAUCGUCUUCUCAAGAGAUCAUAUCCAUCUCACCUCCACCCGAAGCGUCCAGCUCUAGAUCACAGAAGCGAAAGUUUGUUGAUCCGCUUGCAACAACCUUGCCUCGACCCGAAACGUUCAUACCUCGAGGAGAGCUCAAAGAUGAUAUUGCAAGGCAUAUUGAGGAGCAGGAGAAGAGGAUAGAUAUACAAAAUGGGAAGCGACGGGUGAAGAGGGAGGCGAGCGGUUCCAAACGAGUCAAGGUUGAAGAUGGCGUUGAGAUGUCUAGGACUCAAGUGACCAAUAGGAUGAUGGCAACUCUUGGGAAGGAUGAUAAUCCAAUUACCAACUCAGACCUGUACUCAAGGACAGACCAUUUUGUCUCCGCGUCAACGGGUCAUCAACAAUCUAAUCGAGGAGGAGGCAGCUCCGGCGCAGCGACAUAUUGGGCAGUCCGGACUGCCAAGAUGGAAGAUCAAGCCAGAGAGAAGAAAAGCGACCUAUUCAAAGGCUGUGUGUUUUAUCUGAACGGAUCAACAGGUCCAAAGGUGUCAAAUCUUCAAGCCCAACAUAUGAUCACGGCGAAUGGAGGUCGCUUCUUGGCCAUGUGCAACGCGUCGUGUACUCAUAUCAUUGCAUCGGGCGGAUUGUCCGGGUCAAAAACCCAAAAGUGGAUCGACGGGCAAGCGGGACGAGGCGCCUCCAAGCGUACCAAAGUGGUCCGUGUGGACUGGUUGCUUGACUGCGUCGAGAGAGGACGAAGGAUAAAUGAAGCAGAUUAUGGGGUCAUCAAGGAUUCAAGCCAGAAGAGCCUCCUUGGAGUAUUCAGUAAAUCAUCAUCGUCACCGUCAAGGUAGUAACUUUGUUGUAUGUGAUCGUAUCCCAUCUGUACACCAAUUGGCAUUAUGCACUUUCCAUGUUU